AUGUCCGAAUUGACUACCCGCAAAUACUUUGACAACAUUUACAUUCCCGCUGGUCUGAUCGUCUUCGGAUGCUUCAUUACCAAGCGCGAAUGGACGCCGUACGCUGUUGCCCUGGCGCUCGCGCUGGCAGCCUACAAGUUCAACGCCAUGCAGAUCAAGAAGGUCCUGAAGCCUGAUACCUUCCAGGACUUUGAACUCAAGGAGAAGACCAUCAUCUCGCACAAUGUCGCCAUCUACCGCUUCAACCUCCCCAGCGAGAAGGCCAUCCUCGGCCUGCCCAUCGGCCAGCACAUCUCCAUUGGUGCCAACUGCCCCCAGCCUGAUGGCACCACCAAGGAGAUUGUGCGCUCCUACACUCCCAUUUCUGGCGACCACCAGCCCGGCUACUUCGACCUCCUGAUCAAGUCCUACCCCACCGGUAACAUCUCCAAGUACAUGGCAUCGAUGAAGGUCGGACAGACGCUCAAGGUCAGGGGUCCCAAGGGCGCCUUCGUCUACACCCCGAACAUGGUCCGUCACUUUGGUAUGAUUGCUGGCGGCACUGGUAUCACUCCCAUGCUCCAAAUCGUCCGCGCUGUCAUUCGUGGUCGCCCAACCGGUGACAAGACCGAGAUUGACCUCAUCUUCGCCAACGUUACCCCUCAGGAUAUCCUGUUGAAGGAGGACCUGGACGCUCUCGCCAAGGAGGACGCUGGCUUCCGUGUGCACUACGUUCUUGACAAGCCCCCUGCGGGCUGGACCGGCGGCGUCGGUUACGUCACUGGCGACAUGAUUACCAAGCUUCUCCCCAAGGCUGCCGACGACGUCAAGCUUCUGCUUUGCGGUCCCCCGCCAAUGGUCAGCGGUCUGAAGAAGACGGCCGAGACUCUUGGUUUCAAGAAGGCCCGCCCCGUGAGCAAGCUCGAGGACCAGAUCUUCGCUUUCUAA